UUCCAAAUGGAUGAAGGCGGUGCUGGAAGAGUAAAGUUCCUGGAUGAGCAUAUGGAGAACUACAAUAUCGAACAUUCAGCUCUUCAUCGGAAGCUCCAGAGCAAGGUGGAAGCACUGAAGAUAAUGCGUAAAGAAUUGGAGCGCUUCCGGACUGAGCGGGAUCAAUUCAAAUUGAUGGCUGAAACCCUGCAAAUGCGCUACACAGCUAUAAAAAAGAGCCUACAUUCAGGCGAUUCCAUGUCCAUUGAGUACAUGGAGAGAUCGAGUGUAGCUGCCCUUGUGAAUGACCUGCGAGAGAAGAAUACAGCUUUGGCCACGGAUCUCGAAUCCCUGAGGCAGAGUCUGAGCGAGAAGGAGGGUGACAUUAAAGUUCUCAGGGAGAGGAGAUGCAAUCUCUGUGAAAAGUGUCAGAGUGGAAGGCUCAAUCAGGAUGAGUGUUCACCGAGGGAUGAAUGGAAUGUAGAAAAAUCCAAAUUUAUAGCUCAAUUGGAAGAUCUCAAGAAAAAGAAUGCACAGCUACGGUAUGAUUUCCGUUCGUUGCUGGAUGAGAAGGAGGAAGUCAUCACGGAACGGGAUGCUUUCAAGUGCAAAGUUCAUCGGCUCAAUCAUGAAUUGAGUGUGGCACUGAAGGGAAGUGAAUCGCAAAUAAAAGUCCUCGAUAUUGAUUCACUUGUGAGGGAAAAUAAGUAUUUGCAGGAGAAAUUGAAGAAUGUGGAGAAUGAAUUGGAACUCGUGCAGCAUUCUCUCAACAAGUACAAGUCAAUGCUGGAGAUGAAGAGGAACAAAAAGGGCAUUGUGAAGCUGGGGAAUAGCAACAGUGAUAUGAUAAUGUCACACAAACAAGUGAAAGUGCUCAUGGAACGAGGAACAGAUGCUGAAUUGCCAAAUAAAGCGGCGACAAUAGCUGAUUUAAAGUCUCUAUGUCUGGCCCUUCUGGACAAUGUGAAUGACAAAAGUCUCGCAUUGGCGCACCAGAAGAAGGCUAAUAAAAUUCUCGCUCUAAGAAUUACGGAAUUGGAGCAGAGACUUGAGCAAACAGCUUGGACAACAUCACCCUCAGAACUUCUUCUCAAUGGCUAUUCGGCAUCGAAUGUGGACAAAGAUCUUGAGGGUGUUGCUUCGAAUUCUAUCAAUGCAGCCUCUUCAACUUGCACAUCAGUGUCCAAUGAAGAGGAAAUUGAUGAGAGUGAAAGCGAUGUGGAACAUUCUUCUUCUACAUUUGAUCAAGAAUCAGUGGUAGAUUGUGAGGAAAAACUUGAAGAUUUACCUCCAGAAUUGGCCCAACUUGUGGAGAAAGCUCUGAGAGAAGCUGAUUCAAAUGCUGAAGUCGCAACAGAAAUUCUCAAUUAGGUGGAAAAAUGCUUGUUAAAUUGGAAUUCUAAAAGAAGUGUUGCUAAAAGAAAAGAAAA